CAAGCCUAUCCUGGCGCCCAGGGCCAACCUCCUCAGCAACACGUAAGUUGAUUCACUUCAUUCUUGCCACCUUCACUGCCUCUCGACUUCCACUUGGCUCUUUGGAACACUCAUCGUUACCGGUGCGGCCUACCAUUUCUGCACAACAACAGGCUGGAGCAACCGCGCGCGAGACUAUUCCCUGUCAGGUACUUCGAUUGCGCCACCUAUUGCCGCCGCCUGGUCAUCAUCUUCAUCAGAAGUUUGCGCCCGCCGUAUCUUUGGCUCUUACACCUCACCACUUCCUACCUAUCUGUCCUCGCUACAACCAAUACUUCCCUCGAGCUAUCCAAUAGCUUCAAAAUGCACAAAAAGUUCCAGCAAUAUCAGGCAUAUUCGGGCGGCACUCCCCUGCCAGGUCCACCUUCAUCACUUCAACCUGGAGGCCAGCAGCAACCACAACCAUACCCAUCCUAUGUCGCGCCCUCACCACAACCCCCGCACGCACAGCAGAAUCAGUACAACCGCCCUCCGCCACCUCCUCCCAGCGCUCCUCCACCCAACAACUAUGGUAUGGGCCAACCCCCGCCGUAUGGUCAGCAAGCUUCAUACACUCAACAAUCGCAAUACGGACAAGCGCCAGCCCAGGCCAACUACUAUGCAUCAAUACCACAGCAGAACCAGAACUACGGUCCCUAUGGUCCUCCGCAGCAAACAUACGGCCAAUAUCCACCUCAGCAGCAACAGUAUGGCAGCGCGCCUCCAACCCAGGGACAAAUUGCGGCAUACGAGCAGCUUCUACAGCAGUGUAUCCAAGAGAAUGGACUUCAGUCUUUCUAUCCCCCCAACUCGCCUGUGAUCAAGCAGGUUGCCGCCCGAGCCGGGCCUCAAGUCGAUCAGCUCUGUUCCAGAUGGCGCUUGCCCCGAGAGAUUGGAAACGACAUUGUAAAGCUCGCUCUGUUCGACAUCGUUUUAUACAUUGAUGACAGUGGAUCCAUGUCUUUCGAAGAAAGAGGCCCAGAUGGAGAAGGGGAGCGCAUCAAGGACCUUCGUCUUAUUCUUCAGAGAGUGGCAUAUGCCGCAACGCUAUUUGAUGAAGAUGGUCUGAGCAUGCGCUUCAUGAAUCAAAGGUGCGCUUCGGACCCACCAGGCGAAGGAACCACCUCUGGCGUGCUUCCAUCAAAUUUAGUCGAUCAUAUCAAGACAGAUCAUCAGGUCGAGCAGCUCCUGUCUCAGAAGAGUUUCUCUGGUCUCACACCCAUGGGUCGCGAACUGAAGGCAAAGGUGAUUGACGGUAUCAUUGCACGAGGCGGAAGAAAGCCAUUUUUGGUUAUCACUAUCACUGAUGGCCAACCUGCUGGGGAGCCUACCAACGAGGUCUUCAAAACUAUCAAAGAAGCCGCGAAGAGAUUCCCGAAAGGCACUGUCAAUUUUGCUUUCGCCCAGGUCGGAAACGAUCAGAAGGCACGUGAAUUCUUGUCUAAGCUCGAUAACGACCCAGAAGUAGGGAACCUUGUCGAUUGCACUUCCAACUACGAAAACGAGUCACAGGAAAUGUCUAAUUUGUCACCUCCCAUUGAACUUACCCCUGAGAUGUGGCUAAUGAAGCUUCUUCUUGGAGCCAUUGAUCAUUCGUACGAUCGCAAGGACGAGCGCGCACGAUCGGGACCUCCUACACAAGGCUAUGGCCAGCAGCAAGGUUACGGUGCACCGCCGCCCGGACAAUAUGGAGCACCUCCCCCAGGUUAUCCUCCUCAGCAGCAGCAGUAUGGGGCUCCUCCGCCUGGCCAGUACCCUCCGCAAGGCUACCCACCACAGGGUUAUCCGCCACAGCAGCAGGGCUACGGACAACAACGCCCGCCUCAGGGCUAUCCAGGUCAGCAGGGACCGCCAGGCUAUCCAGGUCAGCAGGGACAGUCAGGCUAUCCGGGACAGCAGAGCUACCAGGGCCGUUGAAGGGGAUAGACUAGGGUCGAGCGUGGUGGUGGUGGCAUUUUAGUAUUCCAAGAACUGAGCCUAUGAAAUGGAAUAAAUUCACAGACUCCUUCUUUUACCUUCCAGGUCUUAAUUUCAAAAUAUGCUUUACCAGCAGCUCUGAUAAUCAGACAGUAUAGUUUUGGUGCAUCUCAGAGCAAUGAUGUAGUCUUCCACAUGCAGAUCCCGGCAUCACCUAUACAGUAAUUGUGCCAAUUCAUCGAUAUUUUCCCAGAAGAUCUAAUGGCUUACCAUGACCCCUGUCAGAGUAGUAUAAACUCUUCCCAUACCAUACAGACUAUAAAAACAUUCUUCUCACACAACUUGUUCCUCCCACAGUCGAAUACGUAUGGAGCAGGAGUAGAUCAGAGACUGGUGACACUAUACAUAACAAGUAAGAAGUACACGUCUUAGAACGUUAUAUAGUACGGGCGAG